AUUAACGUCGCUUCUCACGGCUUCCUUCAGAGCGCGCACGCAGGAAGUUCCUGUCCUGUCUAGAACGCGAGAUAUGACGUAAGCCGUUGCCCGCGCAGCGAUGAUGGCGGUGCGUGAACGCGCAGUAAAAGUAAUGGCUGCUCUGGAUCGGCGGGUACCUAGCCUCGAUGAAUUCGUUGGUCAAAGCUGGACUGCCUGGGCCGACUGGGCCAGUGUGACAGCGGCAGAUGGGCCUGAUGUGGACGACUGCAGCAAAAAUGGGAAGAAGGCUGCAGAAGCUAUGUCACUCAGUAAAGAGGACAUGUCCAUCUUUGGCCUGUACCCGGGCCACGAUGACUUCUACCUGGUGGUGUGCAGCCACUGUGGCCAGGUGGUGAAGCCUCAGGCCUUUGAGAAGCACUGCGAGCGGAGACACGGGCCCCAGGCCAAGCUCUACGGCAAGCUGCGCUCUCCCGCGCCGGCCAUCCAGCACCAGAGACCCUACCACGGCCACUCUCCCUCGCACGGGGUCAACCCCCCCUCUGCGUCGUCAUGGGAGGCUCGAGGGCCGAGCGUGGGACAGCCGCGGCCCGCGCCCUCUUCCCCGUCCACCCCGCCUCAGUACAGAUACCCGAAGAACGCCAAGGACGGAGUACGGCUUUCGCCCCUGGAGAAGUCCUUCCACAGCAGCCACAAAGAGGUGGCCGUGUUCAAGCCGCCGCCGCCCCUGGAGCCUCCGGUCCUGUCUCCGCCUCCGUCCCUUCGAGACCCUCCCUGGCCGCACGGGGCCCCACCCGCUUCCCGGCCAGCGUCCAGCGAUAAGCCGCCCCCGCAGAGGAAGGACUCGCCCCAGCUGUCUGCCGUGAUGGGCCACCGGGUCCCGAGGCCCUACAACAAAGUGGCCUCCAUUUUGGACAAAAGAGUCCAAAAUGACAGAACUGGUGAAAAGAGGAUCAUGUUGGCAUGGAAACAAAAAAGGGAGUGCGAUCUGGAUAAGCACUGCGGUGUCCUCGACCCCGACAGGAAGAAGGUCUGCACUCGGCUCCUGACGUGCAACAUCCACUCCAUCCACCAGCGCAGGAAGGUGGUGGGUCGCAGCAAGAACUUUGACCAGCUAGUGGCAGAACUUAAGAUGAAGGUCCGAGAGAAGGGAGCCCAGGCCCUGGAUGGAGGCUUCUCUACCGGAGGGUCACCCAGUCCGGAGGCCCCCAGGGAGCAGGCCGGUGUCCCCCACUGCAGGAGACCGCUGGCCAGCCUCCCUGCGUUCAGUCGGUCCAUGGCCGUGUCGGAGUGCGCCCCGGAGGAGGAGAAGCAGUGGCAGGAUGAGGCGGGGCUCCGGGCCCCGUCCCCUCUGCUGCAUGGACACAUCUCCACUGACGACAGCGAGGCCGAAGCGGCUGAAGAGCUGCCAGACUUCCCUUCGUCUACCACACACCCCACACCUGCAGCGGUGUGCUCGUUCGGCAGCCACUCGUUGGGUCACGGGAUCUACACGUUUGACAGAAGGCUUCACCACGUGCGAUCGGCCCUCAGCAGCAUGCUGGAGCAGCACAUCAGCGCUCAUCUAUGGAAGAAAAUACCUCAAGCCACAGACCUUCUGUCACCAACCUCCUCAGCCAAGUCCAUCAUUUCUUCCUCUCCUGUCUCCAUAGCAACAUCCUCCUCCUCUUCGUCUCAUUCUAAGGUUCGUGCAGGCAGUCACAUCAGCUCGUCUCUCAAAAACACGUCGUCCUCUCCCAGCCGGGGACCGGGCAGACCUCUGACCGCGCCGCAGUCGGAGAACUCUGGCGGUGGUUUUGCCGGUUCUGGUUCUGGUUCUGGCUCUCACCCCCUGUCCUUGGGAAAGCCUGGCCUGGGGCGUCAGGUGGCGGCGGGCAGGUCCAGGAAACCAGUGGGGCGACCCAGCAAGCAGAUGCUGAAGCUGCGAGAGGAGGCGGCCACCGCCGCCGCGUUCCGUAAACACAAGGCCCCGUCGCAGGAAGGAGAGCACUCUGGCCCUGAGAGGAACUGCAUCAUCCUGCAGGACAGGGGACCCCCACCUUCCUCCUACUCCUCUUCCUCCUCCAAGGCCCCCUCUUCCUCCCUCCACCCUCAUGGACAGACCAAUGGCACUCUCUCCCCCAGCAGUAAGCCCCGCCCCCAGCCGCCCCCCUCUGAGUCCCACUUCCCCGCCGCCAAGGCGGUGUGGACUUACAAGCGGACUCUCCCCCCUCUGAGCCACGCCUCCCCCCCAGACCUCUCCCCUGCCACUAACUCCCACAGUCGGACCGGUGUGGGGGACUCGGGGCUGCUGGGCCAGGGCGGCAGGGGGAGGACCUUUCUGGAACAUCGGGGACUGAAGAAACGGAAGGGGGGAGGCAUGGAGGAACAUCCGCCCUCAUCCAGACUCUCAGUGCCGCGCCUGCCUUCGUCCUCCUCCAGCUCUGGCUCCUCAUCCUCGCCACGCUCCACUUUCUACCCCUGGAAGGACAGCAAGAGUGGCGGUCUGGACGGAGACAUGGACAAGAAGCUGGCCUCACAGAAGCCAAAACUGCACCAUUAAGUGUGCUUGCCUUACAAGCCACUAGGAGGGAGCCAGCUCCACUCAAUCUGUGACUGGGCCAACAGGACUCUGUGUGAGUGGGAGUGUGUGUGUAUGUAUGUGUGUGCCUUUGUCUGCCGAGCGUCCACUCCAGUGUGAAUGGGCCAGGUUGUGUUUGUGCCGUAUUGACCUGUUGGUGUGCUGCGUGAGGACGGAUGAACAUGGGUGAGGAUGCUGGGAUCAACCAUAGAAUAUGGAUUUAGAAAUACCUCAAGACCAUCUGGUUAUGCUGCUACAUUGAAUAUGUUGGUUUAUUAAAAGAAAUUUAUUAAAAAUGUCAUUUUCACUUUG